AGCUGUCCCAAGAGACAAAACUCUUUUUCAAGAGGAAAAGUUUCAUAUAGCUUGGACACAUAGGCAAUCAUUAAUUAGCUGCCUCGAACUCUAACAUUAUUUCCACGAAAUUUGUGUGAUCCGAGAGUCUGAGAGGUUUCCCUUGCGGCAUUUAUAGACAUGGGUCCUUUGGAGAGUCUUCCUAUUGCCAUCAUUUCCUCUGCAGAGUUUCCUUCUUCAGACCCGACUUCUUUCGAGGGAGGGCCCGUUCAUUUCUUUUAUCGUGUCAAACUUGCACCAUGGGGGUUGAGUUUGGUGUUCCAUUGUCAGAAAUUGCAACCUCUAACACCCAUGGCGAAGACUCCCCUUACUUUGCUGGCUGGAAAGCUUAUGAUGAAGAUCCUUAUGAUGCUGUCAGCAAUCCUUCAGGAGUCAUUCAGAUGGGAUUGGCAGAAAACCAAGCUUCGUUUGAUCUACUGGAAAACUAUUUGGAGCAACACCCGGAAACAUCCUGCUGCCAAGGAAGUGGAAUCUCUAGCUUCAGAGAAAAUGCCUUAUUUCAAGACUACCAUGGGCUCAAAACAUUCAGAGAGGCAAUAGCAAGUUUUAUGGAGCAGGUAAGAGGGGGGAGAGCUAAGUUUGACCCCGACCGCAUUGUUCUCACUGCAGGCGCCACUGCAGCAAAUGAGCUACUGACCUUCAUCUUAGCAGACCCAGGAGAUGCUUUGCUAAUUCCAACUCCCUACUAUCCAGGAUUUGAUAGAGAUCUAAGAUGGCGAACUGGAGUUCGCAUAAUUCCAGCCCACUGCCACAGCUCGAAUGGCUUCCAGAUCACCAUCAAAGCCUUGGAAGAUGCACACGCCAAAGCAGUAGCCGCAAACGUCAGAGUCAGAGGAAUUCUAUUGACAAACCCAUCAAACCCACUGGGAACUGCAAUCACAAGGUCUGUUCUUGAAGAGAUCCUCGACUUUGUUGUGCAGAAGGACAUCCACUUGAUAUCGGAUGAGAUCUACUCGGGUUCGGUAUUCUCCUCGGCCGAGUUUGCGAGCAUAGCUGAAAUUGUUGAAGCCCGAGGUUAUGAAGAUUCUGAUAGGGUUCAUAUCGUCUAUAGCCUUUCAAAGGAUCUUGGGCUGCCAGGCUUUAGAGUGGGGACGAUAUACUCGUACAACAAUAGAGUGGUGACGACAGCUAGAAGAAUGUCCAGCUUUACACUCGUCUCAUCCCAUACUCAAAAGAUGUUGGCCUCCAUGCUGUCUGAUAGGGAGUUCACAGAGAAUUAUAUAAAGACAAACAGGGAGAGGCUUAGGGAGAGGUACGAGUAUAUUGUUGAAGACCUGAAGAAUGCUGGGAUUGAGUGCUUGCAAGGGAAUGCUGGUCUGUUUUGCUGGAUGAAUCUUGGGCCGUUGCUUGAAGAGGCCACAAGAGAGAGAGAGCUGAGCCUUUGGAAGUUGAUAUUGCUGGAGGUGAAGCUCAACAUAUCCCCAGGCUCUUCAUGCCACUGUUCUGAAGCUGGUUGGUUUAGGGUGUGCUUUGCUAAUAUUAGCAAGCAGACACUAGAUGUAGCACUAUGGAGAAUAAAGGCAUUCGUGGAGAAGAGCAACGCAAGAAAACCGCAAGCUUAGCCGCGAUUUCUUUUUGACCUUUUUACCUAUUAUGAUGGUAAAAUCAUUUUUGUUGAAGUCCUCCCUUUUUUUUUUCUUUUUUUCUUUUUUUCCUUCUUUUUCUAUGAUGAGAAGGUUUAUAGUUUGAAGGAGGUACUGGAUACCUCUUUCAUUUUUUAUUUUAUUUUAUUUUUUUACAUCAACAAACUUCAAAUCCUCCAUCCUUUAAAACCAAAUAAAGUCACUACAAGCAAAGAUACUCAGUUCAACCUAUAUAAUGUUGUUUAGCUAAGCAUGCAUGUAAUAUGAACGUUUUUGUGGAGACAGAGAAAUAAAGCCCCUUUCUUUUUGAAUAAUAGUACCUCCUGAGCAAAGAGAAAUUAUAUGUUAUGCUAUGCG